GAAAACGGAACACACGACCGAGACGAAGAAAAAGAUUGAUUUUUCUUGGGCUACAAAAAAUUUUCAUUCGAAUCGUCGUGUACGUCCAAAAGUUUAAGUUGUGUGUGGUGCGUGAUUGUUGGUUGAAAAUUCCCUAAAAAAUAACACAAAAUAAAACCAAUUUCUCACCCUCUACCAACAAUUAAAAACUUACACUUUACAAAAAUCAAACAACCAAAAAGAAAAGAAACGAAAAAUAACAAAAAUCUGUAAUGUCGCAAAAACACUAGAAACAAAAUACCUACCUACAUAAAAACCAAAAGUACGAAAAACACGGAGCUUCCCAAAAAGAAAAUGGUGUGAUAAAGCAAGAAAAUAAAAAUGGUGAAGACAUUUAAAUAAAUCAAAAUUCUGAAAACGCAGUUUUUGCCAAUGAGCUAAAAUAAAUUUGUCGACGAAAGAAAAAAAUUGUGUACAAGAAAUUUUUCAUUUCCGAGCAAAAAUCCCGAGGGCAGAAACUGUUUUUGAAAUGAAAAAGACUUCACCAAGUGACAUUGCAAAAAUGGAUUCACUUAAAAUUCCAAAAGGAGGCUCAAGUAAACCACCGUCUGGUAGUGUCCCAAUCACAGUACGAUUCAAUGCUGGCGAGGAAAGCCUCGAUGACAUAUUUCAAUCGUUUCACAACAGUGCCAGUGGUGGCGGUGGCGUUGGCGGCGGUGGAGGCGGAGGUGGUGCUGGGGAUUCCCUAUCAAGCAGCCCCCAACAACAGAACCCAGAUGAAGUCAACUCACGAAAUAACUUCCUCCAAGGAAACUUCUUCAAUCGCAAAAGAUCUGGUAGUAUAGAAGGACCAAACAGUUCAGCGGCAAGUGUAAUAAACACUCUAUCAUCAAGCGAAUCAAAUUCGGUGGGGACAUGGAAAUUAAUAAAAGGAAAAGUCUCACAAGCUAUGGAAGACAUAAAAUCAUCCAAAAGCACUAAUCAACUUCUAGGAAAAGUUGACGAUCCAGAUUCAGAUCAAGAAAAUGCCACAAUCAACAGUUCCAUAAGUGAUGAACUAUCAUUGGAAGCUUUUAAGUGUGAUUCAGAUUCUGAUAUCGAACCGGAUAUUCUACUCGAAGGUGAUGUUGAACGAUCUCGUAUACAUCGUUCCAUCGCUCACAUAAAAUCCAAAGUUAAAUCUCGAACCCAAGCAGCUCCCAUUCCCGGAAAUAAGACUUCACUAACAAUAAACAGCAGUAAUAGUGGCAGUGCUAGCAGCGUCGGUAGUAUCAAAAAAGAUCCCAGUCCCAGUCGUGGAACUACUCCGGCACCGUCUGCCGGUCAAUCCCUUCGAAGUACAUUCUUAAGAAAACGAAAGAAGCCUGUAGUUGAGGGUGCCGAAGCAGCAGUAGCUGCAACUGCCACACCAUCAGCCCCAACACCCAUUGUUGAAAAAAAGGGUAUCAUUGCAGGCAAGAAAGAUGUUGAAAUUGAAUCUGGGGUAGAAAUGUUAGAGGAUAUGGUUCCUCCAGUUGUUCCAUCAGGCUCUUCCACCAAGCCAACUACUACAGCUGACACAGACAAAUCGGAUGAGAAACCCUCCUCCAGUGAACUUUCAAGCGAUAGCGUUGCCAAGUCUGGAGAACGUAAAAUGAGUGCUACAUCAAUAUCUCCUGAUGGAACAGAGGGUGCAGAAAAGCUUUUAGAUGAAAACCGCUCGUCAGCAUUAGAUGUGACGAAGUCAGAGCCCCACCUAAAUGUUAUUUACGUUUGCUUCAAAAGCAUUCCAUUUUUGUCGUUUUUAACACUUCUAAUUGUUCUUUGCAUUCCAUCGAUUCCUGACUUUGCUCGUGGUGUCUUUUCGUGUCUCUUAGUAAUUGUAAUAUUUAGUUCAGUUUUUGACUACGCUCAGCAACUUAUUGUAUCCCGUGUCUGUGUACACGGACCGGAAAAGACUAAAUUUGAAAUUCCUGACUUCAAGAAAAUGCCAAUAUGUGAAAUUCCUGCCGUGGAAGAGCACAAGACUGUCAAAACCUACACCGGAUGGAUGAAUGAGAUUCAUAGCUAUGAUCCGGGUAAUUAUCAUGUCUCCAUGACUAAAUCGGUUUAUGUUAAGCUUGAUGGAUCCAUGCUAAGAAUUUCAAAUACAACAGCACACGUUUCAAAGCGGCAAAUGUGGAAUGAGCCGCCUAUUGAUAGAAAGACCAUAACAUUUACCCGCCAUCGAACUUUUAAUUUGCUCGGAUGUCGUAUUGAAAUGUUGCCAAGAGGCUUAGCAAGAAAGAGAUAUUUCAGUCGUAAAUAUCCAAUGCAGCUGAUAAUAAAGAACACCGAUGGUCAAUCUUCGGAAGAGACAUUUACUUUUGUAAAUAACAAAGAAGAAAAGCCUCUCAAACGCCCUUCAAGCAGCAAGAGUUUGGAUGAGAAACUCUUGGAUAGUAAAUCAAAUAAAAAUACUGAUAGCAAGGAUAGUUCUUUGGCACCUUCUGGAAUGGUGCAUCAAAAUUCUAUUGAAUCAAUUGAUGACCGUUCAGAGCGCAACGGUCAAACCGAACCAGAAAGUGAUUUGGACUUUGCAGCUACAGUUCUUAAUGCUGAUUUGCAGGGCUUGCAAGAGAAUGUCCCAGAUGUCGAAUUAACUGAGGUCACAGUGCCUUGCGGUGAUGAAACACGGAUUUUACUCUUUGCUCGAGGAGAUCGUGAAAAAGAAGAUUGGUAUAGACGUUUUGUAGCUGCUAGCGUUGGUGACAUAAAUGAUCAAGACCUUCAUUUACCCAAUGUCGUUAUGGUCUCUGAAUCUGAUAUAAAAGCUGCAGCUAAAGCAGCAUCUCAAUUACCAGAGACUGCUAAGAACAAAGAAGACCCAUCAGUUGCAGACGAAACAAAUGCUUGCGAAAAUUUUAUAAAAGCUGAGAAGCUCAAUAAUUCAGAUAAGCCAAAAAAACGAAAUUCCGCUCCUACAGAUAAAGCCGAAUCAACUGAUGCUGAAUCUACAGAUUGGGAAAAAAUUCCCAAUGAAUCUCCAGGCUCUUGUGGUGAUGAGACUUAUGAAGGUUUACUUAUUAGCACAUGUGCAGCUCGAAAUCCCAUUGAAUAUAUUAGAUUUAUGGCUCGUUAUCAGAACGCUUGUAAUCAAACACGCAUUCCAAUUUUUAAAGCUCCAAAUUUGAAGAAACAAAAAACACCAAUAAAAAAUCGUCGUGAGAAACGCCAAGAAGAUGAACUAUGGAAAGGAAUUGAUCAAUCUUUGUUCCUGGGUCCAUGCGGUAGUGUUGUAUGGGCCAAUGUCCUUGUUGGACGUGUUCUCUUCAGUUGCUUAAAUGACCCGAUUCUCUUAAGUAAAAUUCAAGACUUUCUACAAAAGAAAUUAAGUUCCAUCAAAUUACCUGGUUUUAUGGAAGAUGUAUCUAUUACUCAAAUUUUUCUGGGCGAUACACCACCAUUGAUACAUCGUGUUUCCCAACCAGUGAUUGAUGAACGUGGAACAUGGAUCGAUGCAGACCUAACAUACGAAGGCCUUAUGCACAUGACAAUAACAACCAAAUUAAAUUUGUUACGUUUGAAGCGACAACAUACAAAAGUUGUUGUUUCAGACCCGAUGGGAUCUUCACCGAUAAAUGGAAUUCCAUCGAUGGGCAGUUCACCACCUCCAACACUUUCCGAAACCGAUCUAGCUGUGAGCAAUACUGAUCAGCUUAUCGAUGAAGUUUUAACCAAUUGUGCUAUCUAUGACAGUGAUGCUGAGAGUAGUGGUGCUUCAAGUUCUGAAACUGGCAGUCCUACUGUUGGAUCUUUAGAAAAUGCUUCUUCAGAUACUCAAUUUUUCAAUUCUUCACCGGGCAAUGCAAAGCGUUUAUUCAAAAUUGUCGAUCGUAUUGCUGCUUCCAAUCUCUUCCAGUAUGCCACAGAAUUGUCAUACGUCCAAAAAGCUAUGGAAAACAUGAGCACAAACAUUACCUUACGUGUGGAUUUGAAGGGUCUAGUUGGCAGAGUUACAAUAAACAUUCCACCGCCUCCAUCAGACCGGAUCUGGAUGUCAUUCCGUGGACCACCGAGGUUAUGGAUAUCUGCUACCCCAACAGUCGGCGAUCACACCUUCGAUUGGAGUGUCAUAACAAAAGUAAUUGAAAGCAAACUUUGCGAUGAAGUUAACAAAUAUCUAGUUUAUCCAAAUAUGAUUGAUGUAAUUGUUCCAUUCCUUGGCCAAUCUACAUAUAAGGAAUAAUGAGUUUUUAUUAUUACAAAAAUCAUUCUAAAAUUAUGUAUCUAAAUCGAUAGUUUUCCAGUGUGUGAUACAUUUGAAUCGAUUAGAACCUUCCUGAUAAUGAUGAUGAAAUAAUUUUUUAAAAAUACAUAUGAUCUCUUUCAAUCCUAUUCCUUAAACUUAAUAAUAAUAAUUGUAUCUCUAUUUAUCUACAAUUUCAAGAAAAAGAAACUUUCCAUUCGAUUUAUCACUUAAAACUGUGAUUUUAAACAAAACGUAUCUUCGCGUUCUCUCUAUUUACCUCUUCUAUCUCUAAUCUAUCUUUCUGCUCAUAUAAAUAGUUUUUAAUUUGUUUAACAAUCAAAGCAACAUUACUCUUUUUUUUUUCUUUGUACUUCUUAACUCGGUUGUGUUUGUUUUUUAAAUAAUUUUAAAAUGUGAUUACGUUGUUUUUUAUUUUGUUUCUCUAGUUAUCAGAAAUAUCAGUUCAAAUCGUUUUAGUUUAAGACACAUCUAAGUUAGUUUUUAAGGUCACCUUGGUUUUGUUUAAAAAAUAAAAGAAAAUUGUAAAAUUUCUAAUUUAUCCAAAAGUUUAUAGAAAAAAAGGAAAAGAAAAAAAACAUAAAAACUACGAACAAAAGAAAAAAUGUAGAAUUUCAAGAAGAUAUAUGUAAGCACUAUUGUGUUAACAAACAAAAAACAAAAAGAACAAAAAAUAUAGUUAUGAUUUAUUUUUUUACUAAACUUGCACGAGGUAUAUACACGAACUUAUUAUUUAAAAUGUCUUUUUUAUACACAAGAAUAUAAUAUAUUUUAUUUGUUUUCGUUAUUUUUUUUUAUUAUUAAAUAAUUUAAUUAACUGUAAAGAAUAUUCAUGUUUUGUAGUAUUUUAUUUUGUUUCAUUUAAUAAAAAAUAGAUUUAGUUUUUAAGAUAUAAAAAUAGAUUUGAAUAAAUAAAAAUUAUCAAAAAAAAAUAAUAUUUCGUUAGGUAUAACGGUGCUUUGAAUGAGGGUUUAUAUAAAAAUCGAAAACUAAUUGAAUGAUUUAAAUAAAGUAAAUGCCUAUUUAUUUUCAAUACCAA